GCUCCUUCGGUCGUCGGUUUCGUCCCCACGCCGGUCGCAGAUAAUGGGCGUGUGCUUGUCGUGCUUCCGGCCGCCGGCAGAAGUGGGGCAGACCUCCGCUGCAUCAUCGUCCCGUUACUUGGGCGACUCUGCUAAUCGGAGGUCGAGGAAGAAGCCCAAGCAGGAGGAAGGGACGGAGGUUAGUGGCGGCGGCGGCGGCAAAGGACGGCUGCUGGAAGUCGAGUCUGUGGCUUGCGAGUUCGAGGAGGAUGAGCUGCACCGCUUUACUGGUCGUCUGUUCUCGAACGGGGCCAGCGAGAUGGCCUGCCUUCACACGCAGCAGGGGCAUAAACGGUCCAACCAGGACGCGAUGAUCGUUUGGGAGAAUUUUGUAUCAAGAAGCGACACCAUCUUCUGUGGAGUGUUCGAUGGUCAUGGUCCAUUUGGUCACCUGGUGGCCCAAAAGGUCAGAGAUUCUCUUCCUUUCAAAUUGUCUAACAAAUGGAGCGCUAACCUUAUUGCUAAGGUGAGAAGUAAGGAUUCUGAAGAAAUGACAUCCUUCAAUACUGAUGAAGAACCUGAUGAAGAACCUAGUGACUCCUCGGAGGUCUAUGGGGAUGGCACAGUACCUGAAAUGUAUCCUCCACUAAAGAAAUCCUUCUUAGAAGCCUUUAAGGUAGUUGACAAAGAUUUGAAAGAUAACUCAGCAGUUGACUGUUUCUGUAGUGGAACUACUGCUGUUACUAUGGUGAAGCAGGGACAAGAUCUUGUAAUUGGAAAUCUAGGUGACUCAAGAGCAGUGAUGGGCACCAGAGAUAAAGAUAACAAUUUGAUUGCAGUACAGAUGACUGUGGAUUUCAAGCCUAAUCUUCCAGGAGAAGCAGCAAGAAUUCGGAAAUGCAAAGGAAGAGUGUUUGCCCUGAAGGACGAACCAGAAACUGCACGUUUAUGGCUACCAAACAGGGACUCACCAGGCCUGGCCAUGUCAAGAGCUUUUGGGGACUUCUGCCUAAAAGAUUAUGGUUUGAUAUCUGUGCCAGAUAUCUUGUAUCACCGUCUCACAGAUAAAGAUAAAUUUAUCAUUCUUGCUUCUGACGGGGUAUGGGAUGUUCUAUCGAACAAGGAGGCUGUUGACAUUGUUGCUUCAGCACCAUCUCGUGCGACGGCCGCAAGAGCCCUUGUCGACUGUGCGGUGCAAUGCUGGAGGCUGAAAUUUCCUACCUCAAAGAUCGAUGAUUGUGCUGUUGUCUGUCUGUUCUUUGAGAAGCAAUCAUCAACCGACCAAUUUCAGAAAGCCGAUUCCAAGAAAACACCUACUCACUCAUCAGAAUCGACGGAGGGUCCUUCAGAUAAAGAAGCUACAACCAUGCUAGAAAUGGAUCAUUCGGUUGAUGGAACUGAGAAUCAUAAUUCUCCACUGGAUGAGAUUGUACCAGUAACUGAAGAACCUAAUAAGACCCUUGCUGCUUGCAUAUCGACUGUUGAGGAUGAUGAAUGGUCUGCUCUCGAAGGCGUAACGAGAGUGAACUCGAUACUCGAUAUUCCAAGAUCUUUGAAUACUGGAAAAAGAUCUACAGAUUAUUGAUUUAAAGAUAGAUUUCUCCAUUCUUUCCAUUGUUUGAUAUCUCAGAUUCUCAGGAAAGUCUGAAACAAAAGCUAGUAGACUCGGAGCUUCUUCGAUAUCUGAAAGUGUAUGAUCACAUAGAUCAUUGGAGCAUUAUGAUUCUGCAGUAAGUUCACAAUCUUCUUUUUUUACUUGCUUGUGAAAUAUGUAUGUUUCUUCACUUUUAAGAAAAUAGCUAAUUUAAUUAGAUUAGUUAUAACGACUUUCGGUAGGAGCUCAUCAAGUUGACUGGAAGCUUUGGUCAA